CUUUGUAGAUUCAUUCACUGGCAUUUGCCAAGCAUCUUCCAGGAAAUUUCUGACUAUAAUUUGUACAAGUUCUCUCUCCUCUUCUCCUUGGCCGACUCACUUUGAUCAUCUCACAGAAUUAGCCUUGCAAUUAAACUGAUUCACUGCUAUUUCUAAUUUUCUUGGCUUGCUUGAUUUGGCUAUCAAUUAGGGUCCAUUUUCUGCAAUUUCUUCAGUGAAACUUGGAGGAAAUAUGCAUCGCAUCCCUCUAGUUAGAAAUAACUAGGCUUGUGAUUGGCUGCUACUUUUAAUUUGGUCAUGGACAUCUAUUUCUUCAAUCCCAUCUGCUAAACUCAUAGAUUCAUUUUAUUGGCAUUUUCCAAGCAUCUUCCAGGAAAUUUUCAGCUAUAAUUUGGACAAGUUCUCUCCUCUUUUGCUUAGCCAGCUACAAUUUUUAUCACCUAACAGAAUUAGCCUUGCAAUUGAAUUAAUUUGCUACUACGUCUAAUUCUCUUGGCCUAGCUGAUUUGGUUAUCAUUAUCCAUUUUCUGCAAUUUAUUUGGUGAAACAUACAGAAACGUUGUUUUAUCCAAUGGAGGUCUUAUCUUUCGUUGGAGGUUCUCUUCUAUCUGCUACAUUUGACUUGUUACUUGAAAAGUUGAAUGGAUAUCUAUGUGAUCAGCUACGAGAUUCAAAGGAGGAAGUACAUGCCCAUAUGAAAAAUUGGAAGACUCUAUUGUCCAAAAUCACAACUAUACUUCAACACGCUGAAGAAAAUCAAGUCGCCAACCUAUUUGUGAAGUCAUGUCUUGAUGAUCUCAAGGACUUGGCUUAUGAUAUGGAGGACAUACUUGAAGAGUUUGUGAUUGAUGCCAGGAGAUCCGAACUGAAUGCAGAAUCUGAUGCUAGAGGCAACAAGCGACAAAAAACCACCUUCAAUUUCAUGAAUUUACGUAGAUCUGAGGCCAAACCCAAUCAGGAGAUUGAUUCUGUGGUGAAUGAUCUAAAUGUUAGAUUGCAGCAUAUUGAAAAGGAGAUGCAUACUUUUGGCCUGAUCAAUCUGAUUAUGAAAGAUAAAGAUAGGUCUCACAAAGUCACUGCUAGAAGACUACCUGAGUCUUCUGUUCUUGAAGAUAAGGUGUGGGGUCGAGAUAGAGAUAAAGAUGCUAUUCUUGAGAGGGUGCUAGAAGAUGGAGGCAGUUUCGAACAAGACUUUGUUAUUCCCAUUGUCGGAAUGGGAGGACUAGGCAAGACAACUCUUGCUCGGCUCAUUUACAAUGAUAAAAAAUUGAAAGGCAAGUUUGACUUGAAGGCAUGGGUUUGUGUUUCUGAUGAGUUUGAUGUUGCUCGAAUAACAAGAACCAUUUUAGAACAUGUAACUGGGAAGGAACCGCGUAACUCUGAUUUUAGUUUGCUUCAAGAGGAAUUGAAAGGCAAGUUAUCUGGGCACAAGUUUUUUCUUGUAUUGGAUGAUGUUUGGAAUAAAGAAUAUGGCCAAUGGGAUGUCUUGAAGAGACCUUUCAUGUCAGGAGCUCCUGGAAGUAAAAUAAUUGUCACAACUCGAAAUAAGAAUGUUGGGACGAUGAUGAGAGGAGAUGAUGGAGUUUACAAUUUAGCAUUGCUGCAAGAUGAUGCUUGUUUGCCAUUAUUUACAAGACAUGCACUGGGGAAAGAGAACUUUGAUGUGCACCCAAACCUACAAGAUAUUGGUGAGAAGCUUGUAAAGAGGUGCAAAAGAUUGCCAUUAGCACUAAAAACACUUGGUGGCGUCUUGCGGGGAAAGCUGCGUCGUGAUGAGUGGGAAAAUGUAUUAGACAGUGACAUAUGGAGUUCAUCUGAAGAUAGAAGUAGAAUUCUUCCUGCUCUGAGAUUGAGCUACAAUCAUCUUCCUUCUCACCUGAAACGAUGCUUUGCUUAUUGUGCUUUGUUCCCUAAAGACUAUGAAUUUGACAAAAAGAAGUUGGUUAUGUUAUGGAUGGCUGAGGGCUUGUUACAACAACAGUCACAUGAAAAGAAGCAAAUGGAAGAGGAGAUUGGUCAUCAAUAUUUCCAAGAGUUGUUAUCAAGAUCACUCUUUCAACAAUCAAGUACAAAUAAAUCACGCAUGGGUGAUGAAAAAUUAGAGAAAGCUCGUCAUUUGUCAUUCACUCCACACAAGUAUGAAAUCUCAAAGAGAUUUGCAAUCUUGGAUAAAUUGAAGCAUCUAAGAACAUUCUUGCCAACCCAUGGUAGCACGUUGAAUUUGUCUCAAAGAAUCUUGCAUGAUUUCAUACCAACAUUAAAUCGCUUAAGAGUGCUAUCUCUUUGCGACUAUCAGAUAAGGAAGCUACCAGAUUCUUUUGAAAAUUUGAAACAUAUGCGAUACAUUGAUUUGUCUAGAACAACUAUUGAACGUAUACCUGAAUCAGUGGGUUCUCUUCUCUUAUUACAAACACUAUUAUUAUGUGGUUGUCAUGAGCUUAGUGAGUUGCCUAUGACAAUUGGGAAUCUAAUUGAUCUCCAUCAUCUUGAUAUCACUAAUACAUCAUCUUUAAAAAAUAUGCCAUCAGGAAUAGGCAAUCUCAAAAAUCUUGUAACAUUGUCCAAAUUUAUUGUGGGGAAGGCAAGUGGAAUGAUGACAAGAUUAUUUGAUCUGAAGAACUUGUCACAAAUUCGAGGAAGACUGUCUAUUCUAGAUUUGCAGAAUGUUUUGGAUGUUCAAGAUGCUAGAGAGGCCAACCUAGACAAGAUCCAUGGUUUGGAAGAGUUAGUCUUAGAGUGGAUUAAUUCUGAUUCUGAUAUGGAGUGGACUACUUCUGAUUCUGAUAUGGAGCGGACUACUUCUGAUAAUGAUUUGGAGCGGACUACUUCUGAUAAUGAUUUGGAGCGGACUACUUCUGAUAAUGAUCUGGAUUCUAAUUCUGAUCUGGAGCGGACUACUUUUGAUAAUGAUAUGGAGCAGAAUCUGGAGCGGACUACUUUUGAUCAUGAUCUAGAGUGGACUACUUCUGAUAAUGAUCAAGAUGAAUUAGUCCUUAAAAUGGAAGUCCUUAACUGGUUAAAACCUUAUUCAAAUUUGAAAAGUCUCGAAAUUUCUUGCUAUGGUGGGGAGAAUUUCCCUCUCUGGGUUUGUGAUCCAUCAUUAUUUUUCAAUUUAUCAUCCAUGGAGCUCCGUAGAUGUAAGAGAUGCACUUUGUUACCAUCUCUUGGCCUACUACCUAUUCUCAAAAAAUUGAUUAUUGAAGGCAUGGAUUCAAUAGAAGCUAUAGGUUUUGAGUUUUAUGGGCAGCAUGGCUCUUUUCCAUCACUGGCUGAAUUGGUGUUUAGAAACAUGCCAAAGUGGAAGGAAUGGACUUCUCCAACUGGAAGUGCAAGUGAAUUCCCUUGUCUUCAUAGGCUUCUGAUUGAAAAUUGUCCUAAGUUGUUAGGACAAUUACCCAGCAACCUUUCUUCACUUAAAGAGUUAGAUGUUAGAGGUUGCAAUGGGAAGCUUUUGAAGAGUAUGGGAGAUGUCCCCUCUCUUACUUAUUUGAGAAUUGAGCGAAUUUCAGAACUGACUUGCUUGCCUAUGAGCAUGAGUCUUCCAUCAUUGAAAGAGUUGUCUAUUAGAUACUGCAACGGGGUGUUUUUUAAGAGCAUGGUUGAUCUCACUUCCCUCACUAACUUGAGAAUUGAGCGAAUUUCAGAAUUGACUUGCUUACCAAAGAGUUUUACACAGUCCUGGGCAGCACUUGAAACUUUGGAUAUUGCAGAUUGCAAUGAUCUUACUUGUUUGUGGGAGGAAGGAACAGAAAUAGAACAAAGCCACUUGCCUUUCAAUCUUAAACAUCUUAGGCUUAAGGGAUGUGGAGCUUUGAAGUCAUUACCCGAUGCAAUGAUGAUGAGGAUGGAUGGAAGCAAUAGCAGCAACCCUAGUGUGUUGAUGUUGAGACUAGAAAGCAAUCUACAUUUGGUAAUAAAGAAUGUUCCAUGUUUGUAUUCUUCUCAGGAUAGUUGUUAUCAGCUAGCAGUUUUUCUCAAGGAAUUUACAGUUACUGAUGGUGGCGAGUGGUUGGAAUCAUUUCCAGAGAGAAUGUUGCAGAAUUGUACGGGACUCCAAUCCAUUGGAAUUGACUACUGUAAAAUAUUGAAAAGUUUACCCAAUCUUGAUUACGUCAGCAAUCUCACAAAAUUAUCUAUUUGCCACUGUAAAGUUUUAGAGUCCAUACCAGAAGAGUUGUGGUCAUGCACCCCCAAUCUUAAGCAGUUGAUGAUAAAGGGGUGUGAGAAUUUCAAAUCCCUCCCAAAUACGAUGUACCAACUGAAAUCUCUUCAAAACCUAUGGAUGCAAAGCUGCCCCAGCAUCGAGUUCAUUUCAGAUGGGGGUUUGCCCCCAAACUUAACAGAUCUUCGAUUCCGUUACUGUAAGAAUCUCAAGUGUGUGCCGAAUACAAUGUACCAGCUCACAUUGCUUCAGAAUCUAUCACUUUCAGGUGAGGUUUUGACGAUGGGCCUCCAAAACCUUACGUCUCUUCGAUCAUUGGCAAUUGAGCAGAAGAUCCCUCUGAAUAUUGUGCUGCCUUCUUCUUUGACCUAUCUUCAGAUCGAGAAAGAAGAAAAUUUGGAAUCCAUACCUGGGGGGCUAUUCCAAAACCUAAGCUCCCUUCAUCAGUUAUUUAUCCAGAGCUGCCCAAAGCUACGAUCUUUGCCAAAGGAAGCCUUCCCUCCCUCACUUGGACAACUAUGCAUCCGGGGGUGUCCGCAUCUAAAACGACAGCGCUUUGAGAUGAAAGGAGACUACUGGACUCUUACUUGGAGCAUUCCCUCUGUUUGGGAAAGCAGGUCAUCCAGGCAUAGUUUCACAGUCACGAUUUUUACACGAAAGGCCUACUACAGUUCAUGUGCUCAAUGGCAACUGAUGCACUCUAAAAACAUCGCACGUCUCUGGCUUGGUGGCUGGUGGGAAGCCAAAUUCUUCUCUAAUAUCAUGCGUGAAGACAUCAGAAUCUAUUGUGACGGCCAAGUCCAGUGGUUCCUUGGAGAAGAAAACAUCACAGAACGUGACUUUUCCAAGUGGCUUUGAGAAAAAUUGAUGCUAGAGGUCUGUGACAAGACAGAUAUAUUGCUAAGCUGAAAAUGAAGGUUGAUUCUUUUA